UGAAAUACGUUAGUAAAGACUUUCUUCUUUCCCCCUAUAUAUAUGGAGAAGCACGGAGACAACCAUAUAUCAAUAAUUAAAUCCUAAACAAUUGUGCCUCUUCUCUUCAUUGGAUCGUGUUCAUCUAUUAACAUGCAAGGCCACGGAAGGUGCUUCAAACUCUUUCUUGCAUUUUCUCUGCUUUUGCUAAAAUACGCCCAAGGAGGAGAGGUGGACCACAGUCAGAGGGAUACUAACGUGACCGGGAGCUGCAUAGAGAAGGAAAGGCACGCACUCCUUGCAUUCAAGCGUGGCCUGGUGGAUGAUUACAAUCUCCUCUCUUCAUGGGGUUCAGAAGCACAAAAACAAGAUUGUUGCAGAUGGGUGGGAGUCUCUUGUAGCAACCAAACUGGCCAUGUUCUUCAACUUGAUCUUUCAUGCGAAGUUAUCGGCGAAGAUUAUUAUUUGCAAGAUUUCUCCAUGAACAGCAUCUCUGGAAGUAUACCCAAAUGCCUCACCAAUUUGAUUGCUCUGGCUCAGAAAGAAAAUCCAAGUCUGAACAUCUCACAUGUUUAUAAAAUUUCUACUGAUCAACAUUCAUUUACUGGAGCUGACUAUGAGGAUGAUUCU